GGCUGUCUAGACUCGUUUCGGUUCUGAUUUUCUUUCUCUCUGUCUCUCUCUCUCUCUCUCUCUCUUUCUCUCGCUUUCUGUUGCUCGGCCACUCCUGCAACAACGCCACAACCUGCUGAAGUCUCACUCUGACUCUCCUGCUCUAUCCUGCCUCCUUUCACUGCUCCUGUCAUCAGCUUCUCUCUCUCUCCUCAUCUUCUUUCCUGUCAGCCUCACACGCUGCCUCCUUUGGGGUUUUGUCUUUCCAGCUUAUCCCCCGUCAACCACUACGUCCACCCCCCGUGGCUCUUUUCCCUCCAAACGCUGCUGUAUUGUCUUCACCCGCAUUACUUUCUUAGAGAUGUGGGGACACGUGAAGGUGAGAGAAAGUGCGGACAGGCUGUCUCACAUUAAAAUAUGGAAUGCUCUCUGCACCCAGCAUCACUAGUCUCUAAUCUUUGGACUCAACUCCAAAAGCUUAGUUAACAGCUGUGCUCCACCCCUCCAGCUCUUUCUGACCAGGGGACGAAGAAAAGGAGCGGGCCUAUCAACUCCUCCGCAAGCAGCCAAGAACACGCGCGGAGCUCUUUCCCUUUUUAGAAUAUUUAAGAUUUUAUUCUCUUUCUUCCGGGUGAAAGCAUAUCAAAAUGGAUCUGAAUUCGUAUCUGUGGAUGGUAAUUCUUGGCUUCAUCAUUGCCUUCAUCUUGGCCUUUUCGGUGGGCGCCAACGACGUGGCCAACUCGUUUGGUACGGCGGUGGGCUCCGGCGUGGUCACGCUGAAGCAGGCCUGUAUCCUCGCUUCCAUCUUUGAGACGGUGGGCUCUAUGCUGCUGGGGGCUAAAGUGGGCGAGACCAUCCGCAAAGGCAUCAUCGACGUCAACCUGUACAACGAGACGGUGCCUGUGCUUAUGGCAGGCGAGGUCAGCGCCAUGGUCGGCUCGGCAGUGUGGCAGCUCAUCGCCUCCUUCCUCAAACUGCCCAUUUCCGGAACCCACUGCAUUGUGGGCGCCACUAUCGGCUUCUCCAUGGUCGCCAUAGGCACCAAGGGCGUCCAGUGGAUGCAGCUGGUUAAGAUCGUGUCGUCGUGGUUCAUCUCCCCCUUGCUAUCUGGACUCAUGUCUGGAGUCCUCUUCCUUCUCAUCAGGAAUACCAUUCUCAACAAGGAAGAUUCUGUUCCCAAUGGCCUGCGAGCGCUGCCUCUCUUCUACGCCACCACCAUUGGGAUCAACACCUUCUCCAUCAUGUACACUGGAGCUCCAUUGCUGGGGUUAGAGAUGCUGCCGGUGUGGGCCAUCUUUCUCAUCACCUUGGCCGGAUCGCUGGUGUGUGCAGCUCUCGUCUGGAUCUUCGUCUGUCCCUGGAUGAAGAGGAAAAUAGCAAGCCGUCUAAAGAAGGAGCAGGCUUUGUCCAGGAUCUCCGACGAGAGCCUGGACAAGAUCCCCGAGGAGGAGGAGGAGAGCCCCGUCUUUAAAGAGCUGCCUGGGGCCAAGGGCACAGAUGAGGCUGUGCUGCCGCUAACUGGGGGCAGCAGUGAGCGGAAUGCGCGCACCUCCAACACCGAACUCACCAAUCUGACCAACGGCGGCACCGUCAUGCCAAAUGGCCGAGUUUAUGCCCGCACCCAUUCAAUGACCAACGGCUGCCUCAAGUCGCCCGUCUCUAACGGCAGCUUUAGCUUUGACGGUCACAUGCGUAGCGACGGCCAGGUGUACCACACGGUGCACAAGGACUCGGGCCUGUAUAAAGACCUGCUGCACAAAAUCCACCUGGGCCGCAUGGAUGACAACGAGCGUCCUGGCGCCGGCCAGCCCGACAACAACUACCGUCUGCUGCGUCGCAACAACAGCUACACCUGCUACACGGCAGCCAUCUGCGGGAUGCCCGUGCAGCCGCUAAUGCGCACGGAGUCUCGCGACGACAGCGAGAAGCUGGUCGGGGAGGGCGGCGGCGGGCGCAGCAACAGCGUGUCCUACUCCAAGAAGCGCAUACGCUACGACAGCUACUCGUCCUACUGCAACGCUGUGGCUGAGGCGGAGAUCGAGGCGGAGGAGGGCGGCGUGGAGAUGAAACUGGCUACCGAGCUUGAGGGGGUCGAGGAAGAAGGGGGGUCCGCACCGGUGCCUCUCGAUGACCUGGCUGAGGAGGAUCACGAGGAGAAGGAUAAGUCGGAGGUGUUUCUGCUUUUCCACUUCCUGCAGAUUCUCACCGCCUGUUUUGGCUCCUUCGCCCACGGAGGCAACGACGUCAGUAAUGCCAUCGGACCGUUGGUAGCGCUGUGGAUGAUCUACGACCAGGGUGGUGUGAUGCAGGACGCCGCCACUCCCAUCUGGCUGCUGUUUUACGGCGGCGUGGGCAUCUGCGCUGGCUUGUGGGUGUGGGGCCGCCGGGUCAUCCAGACCAUGGGGAAGGACUUGACUCCCAUCACACCCUCAAGUGGAUUCACUAUUGAACUGGCGUCCGCAGUCACAGUCGUGUUGGCUUCCAAUAUCGGAAUCCCUGUCAGUACCACACACUGCAAGGUGGGCUCAGUGGUGGCCGUGGGCUGGAUCCGCUCCAGGAAGGCGGUGGACUGGCGCCUCUUCAGGAACAUCUUCCUGGCGUGGUUCGUCACCGUGCCCGUGGCCGGCCUGUUCAGCGCCGCCGUCAUGGCCGUGUUCGUGUACGGCAUCCUGCCCUACGUGUGAGGGAGGCGCCACCGCGGACGACCCGAGGGUCCGACAGGAAGGCCAGAGAGUUGCUCGUUUGGUUGCUUGGUGGAGGUAAAGCAAGCAAAAGAAAGAAAAAGAAAAGGCUGUGAGGUGGGUUGGUUCACAUGCACCAUUCGAUCUACUGUACAUAAUGGCGCAAAUCAAUCUACACACGUCCAAAAGACUACAAAUAUGGCAGAAGCAAUUAUAACUCCAACAAACCAACUGUACAUAUUAUUCAUAUCAUUGUACGGUAUUGAGUGUGCUCAACCAACCCCUCUCACUUUAGCCAGCUGCAAGAGGAGGAGGAGGAGGAGGAUGAUGAUGGAGGGCUGAUCACACUGUCGGCUUCUUUAUUUUUUAUCACGAUACAAUACAAAAAAAACAUGAUUCACUACAGAGUUGAUUUUAUUUUAUUUUUUUGUCUGUUUGUAUGGAUUUUUAAAUGAUGUACUGUAAAUACUGACCUUCAAGAGUUGAGGGGGCGAGAUGGGAGAUCAUGUUUUGCUGUAUUUUUUUAAACUGUCAGGAAAUGGGUUAUUCUCUGCACCUUUUCAUCACAAUGUCAUAUCCAGAGUAUGUUUCAUCGCGCUAUUUUUAUGAGAAAUCUAUUCGAGAAUGUCAUUUCACAAGAAGAAAAUUUGCUCCUUGGUAUAAUGUCAAGGCGGUCCAAUAGGUGGCAAUAGUGUGCCGCUUAGCUGGUUGCCAAGUCAAAAGAAGAAGCGGACCUACUGGCUAAUCGGUUUUAGGUGGCUAUAUUUGAAAAGAAAAAUAUAUAUAUUUAAAAAAAAAAAAAAAGGUGAGUCUUUCGAGUGAUUCACCGUGCCAAAGUUAACUAUUUUAAUCACCAUGACAACGUUGAAAACAAUUUUUAAGGUGCAGCGAGAAGCCAAAAUACUACGAAAAAGUGGUCAUAUCUGCCUUUUUCUCGUUUUAAAAAAAUGUUCUUUCCAUUUAGUGUCACGUGACAAAUGUGCUCUAAUGAGAUGCCUCAAUGUGUCAUAUCAAAACAAUAGUACAGUAUUAAUAUUAUUCCAAAUAUUAAUAUGCAGAGCUUACUGUAUCUUCUCACAUGUGUAGCUCUUCCAAACCUGCUGUUUGACUCCUAGAAAGUAUAAUGACAUCACCAAUACUGGUCAUCACCAGUUUUUGAACUGGAUCAUGUGACCUGUAGAUGAACAAAAACUUAUUUUUGUUUUAAUUUAUCUGAACAAUAUCAAGUUGCUUGUGGUGUUUUGUUUUUUUUCCUUCUCUUUUCCUACUUUAAUUCAUUUCCGAACAUGAACAAAUCUAUGCUUACGUCGUAGCCACUUGCCUUUUGUAACACGUUGUGUUUCCUUUGUGCUCGAUAAUUAAGUACUGUGGUGUUUACAUUGUAAACUACCAAGGAGUGUUAGGGCAACACUGAAAAGAAAAAAAUAUAUAAUCACACCACGCGAUUAAAGUCGGAAUUUUACAAGAAUAAAGUCGUAUAUUUUUUAUGUAAAAAAAAAAAAAAAAGAAUAUGUCUACAAUUUAAGUAAAAAAUGUACAUCAGAUUCGUAAAUAAAAAUAAUAAUUAAAAAAAAAAUAUAUAUAUAUAUAUAUAUAUAUAUAUAAUCACACCAUGAGAUUAAAGUCUGAAUUUUACAAGAAUAAAAUCGUAUAUUUUCGAUGUUUAAAAAAAAAAAAAAAAUCAAUAUGUCUACGAUUUAAGUAAAAAAUGUACAUUACAUUAUAUUAGUAAAAAAAAAAAAAAAUACACAUUCUCAAAAAUAUACAAUCUGGUAUUGAACAUUUUCUUUUUUUUUCUUGAAAAUAUAUGACUUGUGUAAUAUCUUUUAUCAAAGGAUUAUUUUCCUUAAAAAUAAACAAUUUUGUUGUUAUAAUAGUACGAUUUUAAUCUAAAGAAAUACAUUUAAUCUCAAAAUAUACUAUUUUCUCAACCAUAUAACUUUAUUCUCGUAAUUUUGUGACUUUAAUAACAUGACUUUCUCAAAAAAUCUGACUUGCUAUAAGAAAAAAAAACUUGAAAUAUACAACUAUUGUCGUGAUGCUACAAUUGAAUUCAUUGAAAUUUAUUCUUGUAAUAUUCUGACUUUAAUCUUGAAAAUUUGACUUUAAUCUCAACUAAAUGACUUUUUGUCGUCAUAUUCCGACUUUAACAUCGAAAAUAUACAAUUUUAAUCUCAACUAAAGGACUUUUUCUCAAAAAUAUUUUCACAAUUAUUGCGAUGACUUUUUAUCUCAUAUCAAUCUUUAUUUUUGCAAUAUUAUUACUUAAAGAAAAUAUUUGACCCUUGUUUUUAUAGUAUUACGACUUUAAUCUUGAAAAUAUGACUUUUUAGCUCCAUUAUAAAAUUUUAUUUUCUGAAUAUUACAACUUGUUAGCUCAAAAAUGUGACUUAUCUUGAAAAUCUACAAACCUAUUUUAGUAAUAUACAUUUUUAGCCCCCCAAAAUAUAUAAAAUGUUAUUUUCAGUAGUAAUGUAAUGAUUUUAUUUUUUUUUCCUUAUCUGUGUGGCCCUAUCUCCCUGUUAGUAACCAUAUCAAGAUGACCUGGGGAAAAACAAGAAAAGGUCAACAUGCCUCAUGAUGCCAAUGACAGUUUUCCCACUAACCAGAAGUGUCUAGAGAGAGAGAAGAAAUGUGUCUGUGUUAUUUUUCUAGCUGCAGCAGCGCUAACCAUCCCCACGCCACUUGAAUGCCACACGGAAAGGGGUUGAACUAGAGAGCUUUCAUCAAAACUAUAUAUUUUUCUACAAUAUUUUAACCGAGGACGUGGGUUGGCUGCCGAUAGUUUAAAACUGAAACUCCCGUGUUUGUGUUUGGAUUUGUGGACAACGACAAACUUUGUAAUUUUGUUUCCCUCCUGCUUGGGUAAAAAACAACAACGCAGCCCCGCGGCUAUCCUGCUAGCAUUAGCUGUGUAGCCGGAGGGCCAAAAAUGGCGAGUAUGAUCGUGUAAAAGUUAUACAUGAUGGUAAAAAAAUAAACUGGACAGUGUGUGUGAGGACAUGUAAUAUUUUACUGGGGGCUACUGUGCGCGUGUGUGUGUGUGCGUGUGUGUGUGUGUGUGGAGGGGGGGAUCAAAUUUCAGCAAUAAUGGGAACAAAUGGAGAGGUCAAAGUUACACAAUAUGGGUAAAAGUUUAACUGGACAGUGUGUUUGAGGACACAUUUUACUGGGGGGCUCAAAUUACAGCAAUAAUAGAACAAUAAACUCAGAGACGCGUGGUCGGAAUUAGUUAGCAUCUGUAAGCGUGAAUGCUGUAAAAGGCCGCUUGUUAGCCACAAACUAGCGUGGGUUGUUAAUAACAUGCUAGUCCCGCCCCCCUCCCCCUUUUUUUUCCCUUUGUAACUCCCACCACCAUAUUUUUGUGGUUGUCCAAACAUUGUCAGCCCUCGAAGGCCAAAAGGGACGCACUGUACAAGCGUCAACAAACAUCGGCCUCUUGUGGCAGCGUGUGUUAAAGAAGCCUGAGCAACGGCUGCUAGUGAAAUACAUCCGAGCUAUGAAUAUUUGCGGAAAAAUCGAGUACAGUGAACACUCGGAAUGUAAGACAAGGAUUUUUUGAUUUUUCAUACAUUUACCCUGAAGAAACACUGGGGUCGAGCGUUUGCCUUUGUAAAACGUUAAAAUACUGUAAAGCUCAUGUUUUGAAUAACGUUUAAGUGCAAGAUUAAGUUGCAGUUAUAAAUACAGCUCUGUAAGGAGACCCAAAAAAAUCACUGGGCCUGUUUUUUGGUGUUUUGACUAUUUCUCAUUUUCCGCGAAUAAAUUAUCCCAAUUACAAUAUUAGAAUUUUGAAUUUCGAAGUUUUGUUUCAUUCCGUAAACAACUGACAAUGUAAAUGUUCAUUUUAAUCAAACAUAUACUUUAAAAAAAAAAAAAAGAAGCAAAAUUGGAGAAACAAACAUUUUUUUCCAGCGCUUCGUAAACGUAGAGUGGCCCUCAUCUAUGAAGAAUUACAUUUUCAACAAACUUUUGUUUCUGUUCUAUUGUUCAUUCUUACUUUUCACAAUUUGUAUAAACUCAAAUAUUAAGCUUCGACGGUUCACUGUACUAGCAAAUAAUAGCAAAUAACCGUGAUGACCGAAAGUGAUAACUGCGCUAGUGCAAAUUAGCGUUCAUUUCAUGUGAUGUCGUGUAUGCACGUCGCGAGUAGGAGGUGACAUUUCUCCCGGUGUGAUCACAGGAAGCGUGUGUGGACCUCGUACCGUACUGUCGUAGUCAAGCAACCAGAGGGACAGAAUGUGCCAUUUUUUUCCCCUUCUGCCUGAUCAAAGACGUCGCUGUUGAUCGUUGCCGCGUAGCUCCGCCCACCCCGCUAUGAUAGCCCCUCCCCCCUCGUGUGUGCGUGGAGCCGCCCGAGUGUGAUUGCCUGAUUGACGUGCGUGCCGUAUCGUGGUAGAACAUCCCGAUCCCGGUCCAUGGCCGGCCCCCGGGUUUUUCCAGUUCCGUGUCGUCUUUUAAAUGUUUAGCGCUACUUCCUGUCCGCUCGCCGCAUCACGUCUAAUGUGUGGAUUUAACAAACGAAACAAAAAAAGAAAACCGUAGCCUGCUUCAACAAAAUCUUACUCUGAUUUGCUUCUAUCGUACUGUAAUGUUUUUAUUUAAGAUUUUAGUGAAGGAAAACAAUGUCUGCAUUUAAACUAAAUUAUGGGAAUUAAAAUUACAAAGAACACA